AUGAGAAUAGGCCCAAUAAAGAUAAAACUUAAACCAUUACUUGUUUAUACCCCAUUAAUAUGUGCUCCCUUAGCCUUAUUUAAUUGGUAUGAAUAUAGAAAAUUGAAUCUUGAGUUUAAGUUAAAGGAGGAUGAAAUAGUUCUUUAAGCUCAAUUAAAAGCAAAUAAAAUAUCAGAAAAAUCAUUUCCAACUGUAUAUUUUGAUCCUUUUAAUCAAUUUUUUAUGGAAAUGAAUGAUUUAGAAGGUUAAAUAAAAAUAUUUGUAUUUUCUGAUUAAUCAACAUAUAGAAGGUAGAUAUAUAUAAUAUUUAAUUUUAGAAUUCAUUCUACUUUAUAAAGUCAUCUAAAUAGAUUUCAAGUAAAUUACUUCAACAUUGUUACACAGAAACAAUUUGAUUCUAAUAUAGGUGUAAGUAAUUAAAAAUCAACUCAAAUACUCACAAUUGAAGAACAGAUUGAAAAUUAAAUGAUAGUUACAUAUAAUAAUGAGAUUAUAUUUUCGGAUAAGAUUAUGGAAAGAAAUGAUAAAUAAGUGUAAGUAAUUGAAAGAUAGAUAUCAAAAAUGAUUGAAAAGGAAUUUUUGAAUAAAAUAAAAUUUUGA